AAAAAGGCCAACCAGCACUAUCUGAGGAGGCCUUGAAGAAAAGACAAAUUAUUGCAACAAACAGGCUUCAGCAUUCAUCAUUUGAAGGAGAAAACUGUAAUCGUCAAACUAGUGCCAGAGAUAAAUCUAUGAGGAUCUCACCAUAUGAUUCUAAUCCUACUGAGUUGAAUACAAGGAAACAAAUGGCACUUCCAUUUGUACCACUUUCUCUCACUUUUGACAACAUAAAAUAUUCAGUAGACAUGCCACAAGAAAUGAAAGGAACAGGGGUUGCGGACAAGUUGAUGCUUCUAAAGGGUGUGAGUGGGUGCUUCAGACCAGGAGUUCUUACAGCACUAAUGGGUGUUAGUGGAGCAGGAAAGACAACUCUUAUGGAUGUACUUGCAGGAAGGAAAACUGGAGGAUAUAUAGAGGGAGAUAUUACCAUAUCUGGAUAUCCCAAGAAGCAAGAAACUUUCGCUCGUGUGUCAGGAUAUUGUGAACAAAAUGAUAUCCACUCCCCACAUGUGACAGUUUAUGAAUCUCUUGUUUACUCUGCAUGGCUUCGACUUCCUUCUGAAGUUGAUUCUAAAACAAAAGAAAUGUUCAUUGAAGAGGUUAUGGAGCUUGUAGAGAUGGCAUCUUUAAGGAAUGCACUAGUUGGAUUGCCUGGUGCAAAUGGUUUGUCGACUGAGCAACGCAAGCGACUAACCAUUGCUGUUGAGCUUAUCGCUAAUCCUUCCAUUAUUUUCAUGGAUGAGCCUACCUCUGGACUUGAUGCCAGGGCAGCUGCAAUUGUAAUGAGAACUGUAAGAAACACUGUUGAUACCGGCAGGACAGUUGUGUGCACGAUUCACCAACCUAGCAUUGAUAUUUUUGAAGCUUUUGAUGAGCUAUUUUUGAUGAAAAGAGGAGGCGAAGAGAUAUAUGUGGGACCAUUAGGACAUAACUCUUUUCAUCUC